UUUGUAUUUGAUAACGGAUAAGGAAGGAAACGUGGAUGAAGAAAUGAGCGGGACUUCUGUUUCGGCGUCUGCUUCGAGCAGCAGAGAAGAAAGGAGAAGAAGAAGAGCGAACUCAGCGUCACCGUUGAAGGAGCGAUCCAAAUCUUCUUCAUCUAAGUUAUCUUCUGCUUCAUCCAAACCAACCCACUCACCCUCUGCCACACUCCUUGAUCUCGACGACGACUCCACCUCUCUCUUUCGUGAUUAUCCCCAUUCUAACCCUAACCCUCGAAGCUUCCCUCACAUCGUCAAACAGAAAUGCUGGGAAAAGGCCGACAAAGUCAAAGGCCGAGACCCCGAUCGCUGGCGCAGGGACGCCCUCGGCAACAUUGUUUUUCGCAAGCUCUUAGGUUGCCCUGGUUGUCUUUGUCACGACUACGAUCACAUUCUCCCUUACUCUAAGGGGGGAGAAAGCACACUGGAAAAUUGUCAAGUAUUGCAAGCAACAGUUAAUCGUGCAAAAGGUAAUCGAACAGAGAUCUCCAAAGCUGAACUUACUCAAAAAAGUUCAUAUUGCAGGGUUUCAGAUCGUGAUAUGGAUCUUCUGGAACUGUCAGCCUAUGGCAAUGUCCGGCGUGGACCAGAUUCUGGGGGAUGUAGAAUCCAAUGAACAUUUAUAUUCAUAUUAACUUAAGAUUGAUUCCCAAAUGGGGGUUUGAACAUGACUUGUAUAUCACGAACAUGGAAGGAUCCAUUUCUUCAUAGCAUUUUUUUAUAAAAACAUUAUAACUACCUUUUAUUGCAUUUAAUAUUGAUUGGAAGUAUAUUU